UGGAAGCAUUUGAGUUCAAUGCUAUAACCGGAUAUCCUUGUACGGAAAGGAAUACCUUGAAGCAUACGCCACCCAUGGCCAUCGGCAAGUAGGUCUAAAGACGCCCAUGUGCGGUACAGUCUUAUCAUUAGCAAGCGGUAAUGGCUAUCAUCUCUGCCAAUGAAACUGAACGAAUAUAUAUAUUGUAAAACCUGUGACAUUUAUUAAUGAAAAAUAGUGGAAGUGUCCUAUGCAUAUGUGAGAUUGUUGCGCGUUUUGGUUCAUAGGAAGGGUUACAUAUCCUGAUUCAUGCUGUUUUCGCGAUCUGUGUAAAGCUGGAUUCUCACCGACGACGAUAGUUUGUAUGAUGUAAAAGAGACGCUCACAAUAAAGAGGAAUAUAUUGGGAGGGGGGACAUGAAGGCAAUAUUAUGUCCGCAUUGCUUCCUACUGACCCUAGAGAGUAUGACAGCAAACAUGUAUUAUUAUUAUUAUACAGACUGUACGUCGAUACAGGUUCGAAUCCAACGGUGGUGGUAACUUAAUCAGUAUUUUGUGCAUCGCAGCAUUUCAAUAACGAAUCAAAAUGUUUCUGACCAAUUGUCAGUUUCUAAUACUGAGUCCCUUCGACGCUCAUGGAUGUAUUUUGAACGGAUAUGGUUCUAAUUCUUGUAGGUGCAAGAUAUUAAGAUAGAUUAGCGUAAACGAUGAGCGAAACCAUCAGCUUACAUGAUGCACUCCACUAGUUGCUUUGUCACUUUGAAAAGCUUUCCAAGCUUUUCAAGCAAGUUAUCCUGGAGCGCAGAGGGGACCCUACAUACAUAUACUUACUUCCCUAGAUUUGUGUUGAAUUUUAUUUGAUAAUAAGCACUUUAAGAAAAAGUCGUUUCUACACUUGAAUAUAUACUUGAUAAUACACUUGAUUUGAAUCUAAAAUUAUCCUGCACCAAUCGUCAUAAUCCUGAUCCAGCAAUCAAUGUUGCCAUAAACAUCGUCCGCUUUCAAUUGCUGUAAAAUACUUUCGUGUAUUUACGCUGUGAAGCAGCACGACAGCGAACUAUCGAAAUACUAAAAGAAUAGAACUUCAGUGUUGUUACUGUGAAUAAAGUGAACUAACAACCUUCAUAAUGGAACGAUCUAAGUUCAUCAACGGUGCAAAUCAAGUUGCUUAAUUAGCUUUCUUUGAGGAAGCUAGAGGUAUGCAUGUUCAUCGAAGGCGCCGAAACUGACCGAAAUUCUUUAUAGGAGUUCCUUUUUCUCGUUUGAAGGCAUAAUGACAUUUCGGCUUGAGUGACCUUUCUCUAAUUGUAGCUAUAGGCUCCAUAUGCCACGUUCCUGUAGAUCCGCGAGGCGAACUUCAGGCCUGCUUCACUCUCCUUCAAGGACUUGCUUCACGCUCUGGCCCUCGCAACUAUGGAAAGCUCAGAGACCUUUGCUAGAGGCUGUGAGCUGCUUCGACAGGGGUUCCGUGCCCUAUAACCGCUAGGCGGCGUCCAAAUCCGAUGUGACGUAUGUCCACUACCGUCUGUAGAAGGCACUGCGCAACAUAGUAAGAUCUCUGGGGUUGGUGCCUUUGGUGGAGAGGGCCCGAUGUCCUCCAAGGUUAAGGAGGAGGUCUGCCUAGGUUACGACGUGCUACAUGAUGCCUUCUUAAUUAAAUGAAUAAUCGUAUUUAUAUGGUUUUCCUACAUAUUUCAGUGCAGAUGGUUGUGCAAUAGCAAGCCUGUAUGUAAACGCUUCGAAUGAAUCGUUUGCAACACGUUUGCUUUGCAUUGAAGACCCGUAUAUUAUAGCUUUCCGGUUCGGUAAAUAUGAAAACAGUCGGUUACCAUCUCAGUCUUGUUGUUCGAUAAUUAACUAGUUCAAACAGCGCUUCUUAAAGUGGUCGGGAUUUUUCGAUCGAAUAAACCGAAAAAGCAUCUUCAGGAAUAUUCUUUUCUUGAGGCAACUGUGAACAGCAGUUCGCCAUCUAGAUCGUCCAUAACAAGAUAUACAAAAUGUUCACCGCCCGUUCAGCUCAAUAGUCUGAGAUCAGGCUUACAUUUUUUCGUAGGCUGCUCCAAUUACUCUUCGUGCUAUGAUUUGUCUCGUUUCUGCGCUCCCCAUACUAGACACGGACUUGCCUUCCUGUCUGCCGAUCAACGUUUUUGCCAGCAGAAGCAGCAGUAGUAGUUGCGCCAAUUAUUGAAGAGGUGCUCAUGGUUACUCUCGCGCUCCAGCUUGGCUUCUCUGUCUCUCCUAAGCCAGCUGGAGCUAACAAGAUGGCGUCCCCUAUCGGCAGCUCGCUUCUAAUUCUGCUUGCUAUAGCAAGAGGCCCGUGAAGCAAGCUUGCAGAUCGCCGUUAGUGAAACAAAAAAGAUCUCUUGUCUGGAGUGGCCUUACCGCCUGUUGCGACUUUAUUCAUUGUGGCUGUGUGCUUACCGAGCUGUGUGUUAUCCUCCGACAGCUAUUUCUACGGUCGUGUGUCGUUUGCUUCGUAGGAAUAUGGUUGUACUCGUUUUGCUUUGUAUGUGAGAUCCAUAUGUAGGUCUAGCGGAACGCUAAAACGCUCUUUCGCGACGCCGAACUUUUCAAUUAGUAUCGCUGGUGUCCGACUUGGCGAUGGUCCCCCCGUUGGGGUCCGCGCUGCUGUUAGCGCUACUAGUUCUCAACGUAAUCACUGAAGUUGCUAACGCUAUACCAUUCGACAAAGAUUUCAGUGAUCCCGCAGAUGAUCCGGAUAGCCCGGACUAUCGGAUUACGGCCGAGCAUUUUCCCCGCUACUUAUUGCCGACUAAGGUAAAUAAGGCCAUUGCGACAGUCCCUGUUGGCACCGCUGGUGAUGAUUCCCGUGAGGGCAUAAAAAGCGCGAGCACCUAUGUCGAGCGUGUGCCCCAGCCGCAGCCAUUACAGCGCGAUAAGGAGGAGGUCGCCAUCAGGGCUGAGGAUUUCGCUGACCUACAAUUCAUCGCUAUAGUGGCGGGUUGCAGUACCAUUGCCGCGUUUCUAAUCGUGUCAACGGGUUACUGUGUCUACCGCGUUCAUCAGAACCAGAGAAUGGUGCAAGAUGUCGAUUAUCCUGCUUACGGCGUAACGGGACCUGUCAAAAAUGCGUUGGGCUCACCACCAGCCGAUCGAAAACUUGCCCAGAACGCCCAAAUGUAUCACUUCCAGCAUCGAAAACAACAAAUGAUCGCUGUCGAAAAGAAUCAGCAGGCUGUCCUGCCGUCACCUGCUAACCGGCGGGGUUCACAUUCGGAGGGAGAGAGUGAUGAUGAGGACAAGGACUACACUGUCUAUGAGUGCCCGGGGCUGGCUCCGGGUGGUCAGAUGGAGGUCCGUAAUCCUUUAUUCAACGACCGAAAGGCAUCAAAAUAAGCUCGAAAACUGGCAAAAAUUCUGUUCAGCAAAAAGGACUACGAUCACAAAAAAAAUCAAAGCAAUCCUUUACUUAAUGUCUCGCGCAAAGUCAAAUGAGAAACAGUUCAGACAGUACUACUAACAGGCAGUACAAUCUUAAACUUAGCAAGUUUUUUUUAAACCGACACUAUACAAUGCGAUUUUUGCAAGAUUCAUUCACAACCAAUGAGAAGAGCACAAAAACCAUACUACAUCAUUUAAGAAGACUCAGCUUCACGACUGCAACAACGACUAUCCCGAAACAAAGUCUAAUUUGAAAGCGUUUAUUUUAAGCUAAGAUCAGGACUGUAUUUAGGACGAAACUGUUCGAUAGCCAACGAAUACGAACGACAGAUACCAAGCAGAAUUCUAAUGAAAAUCAAUUGAUUGCCUUAGUUAGAAAUACGUUGAACCCGUCCUAAACGGCAACUGUUCAAUAGGACAAUAGCAUCUGUUACAUGUGCACACAAUGUGUUCGUUUGCAGGAAAAAAGCAGGCCAGGAAAGACCUAAGAAGGAGAAAAGUCUUUCAGAAACACCGGUAACAAUAGCAAAUAUAUGAGCACGACGCUA